CCAGAGCGCCACAAAUUCCCCACCCAUUCUCCCUGGCUGGUCGGAUGGUCCCCGACUGCGAACUCACGGACAAUCCAUUGUGGAACACUUUUGGAUGAUCUGGAGAUUGCCAGGAUCACCCGUUGAAAUGAACCCCGAUACAUGCAGCCACACAUCCGGAUCCGCAUUGUCGGGUCAGUAGUCGGGGAGCACUAGAUGCCACCUGCAGCAUCUCGCAGGAUGGCUUUAUUCGGGGCUCUAGAUCGGCCUUCUCGGGGGGCUGCCUGUGGUCCCCUGAAACACGUCUGGUCGCCGCGGUUAUACAUGCACGCUGUCAGACCCCAGAUGAUCAGGACAUGUGUGGUCCCCGAUCGGGGAUCUCGGCCUGUGUGAGACUCGAUGAGAUCAGAUUAAAUACAAAUAUCCUCCACACCCGUUACACUGUCAUCCAUUCCUCAUCAUGGUCGACCAAAAGCCUUCUCCGCUGGCAUGUGUGCCGUGUCGUCGUCGUCAUCUGAAAUGCGAUGCUCAGAUGCCGGUUUGCACCCGCUGCUACAAUACCAACAAUGAUUGUCGCUAUGUGCGUUCGCGUCGGGGGCUGCGGAAUCGAUCCAGCCCGGAUACGGGGGAUCUCGACUUUACUAGCUGGCUGAAUGGGGCGAUCGAUAUAGAUCCAGAUUUUCUCGAGCUGCCAGACCUCGACGUCAGUGUCGACAUUCACUCCGAGUCUAUUCCAUCACCAGGGUAUAUUGCAGCAGUUGUAGAUUCGGAGCCACUGGCCCAUGAUGCCAUGAUUCAGUUGUAUUACCACCACUUUCAUCGCUCGCAUCCGAUUCUUUUGCCCCGGCGAAGUCUGGCCUCGCCACUCUGCCAGCAGGUUCCAGCUUACAUUCCACACAUUAUGCGCUACAUUGGUAGCCACUACUAUCAUCAUCCGGGAUUCAGCGAUUCUUUUCAUGCACCCGCCUACACGGCUCUGUCUGCCCCGAACGAUGAGUUUAAAGUCCAGGGACUGCUUCUCUUGUCCAUCAUUGAACACUCUUAUGGAGCUGAAGAGAAAGCACGGAAGCUCCUUCAUGAAGCCAUCCAGCUGGCAUGUCGUCUCGGGAUGAACAGCACCUCUUUCGCACGAGCCCACUCCCGCGGCAGCCCUAUCCUGGAAGAGAGCUGGCGACGGACGUACUGGGAGCUCGUAGUAGUGGAGGGGAUCAUGUCCGCCAUCGGCGGAGGCGGCAUCAUGUCCAGUCCUAAAUGGAUCAACCAUGACAUGCAGCUACCGUGUGAUGAAAACGCCUACAACUCUGAACAAACCCUCCAACAACCCCCCAGCCUAUCCACCCUCCCCGACCCCGACACACACCACAUCUCCUCUUUCACCCACCGCAUCCUCGCAACCCAGAACCUCCGCGCCGUCCUACAAAUCACCCAAUCCCUCGACCCAGACACCGAAUUCCAAACCGAGACGCUAGAUGCCCGACUCGCCACCUCCCUCAUGCGCCUCCCUUCCUCCCUCCCCGACCACGACACCUCCACCGUCGACGAAAUGAUCUUCCAAACAUUAAUGAUCACUUACCUAAGCAGAAUCUACCUCCACCACCCACACUCCACAAUCCGUCUCUCAGCCUACCACGCCACCACCAUCAGCACCUCUGCAAUCCUCCCACCAUCAACCUCCUGCACUCGAUUCCACACACAACCUAACCCCCACUACCCCCAACACCAACAACCCAGACCCCACAACACAAGCACGCACACGCAGAAACUCCUCCGCGCCGCAGACCUCCUCUCUAACCUCGCCACCCUCCCUAGCUCCGUCAUAUCCCGCACCCCGUUUUUCACUUGUGGGUUGGCAAUCGCUGUUGUGGUGCAUGUUGCUGCGUUGGUGGAGCGGGGCUCUCCGUUAUUGAGGAGUGCUGCGGAGAGUAGUAGUGGUGGUAGGGAGAGAGAAAGAGAUAAGGAUGAUUCCCUGAAAGCGAGGAUCGAGUUGGGGGUUGGAGCACUGCAGGUUCUGGGGAGGGUGUGGCCGCUUGCGAGACGGGUGAGGGGGGAGAUGGUGGAGAUGUAUCGGUGUCGGUAGUUUUACUCCCUGUUCUUAAUUAUUUACGAGGAAAGCAAGGGGAAGGAGUUAGGGUGGGUGGUGAGUUCACGGCUAGGUGAGUGGUUGGUUGGGUGGUGGUGGGUAGGUGGUAUGAUGAAUGAUGUGCUAUGAAGUCGAUGAAAUAGAUUUGUAUAAUUUGCAUUUGGCUUCUAGGGUAAGCGUAAUAAUUGCUAGUAGA